AUGAAUAAACGGAAGCAGCUUGAACCACCAGAAGAUAUACGUGAAGCAAAGCGACCGGCAUACUCCAACGCUCUACAUGAUCAGCAGACUAUGAGGGCACCUUCGCCUAGUACCAGUUCUUCUGGGAAUGGGCACGACAAUUCAGACAAUGUCGCGAUCGGCUCGCGGGACAACACGACCGAGCCACCAGUUCAAAACGACCAUAGUCAAAAUAAACACGACUUUAUCAAUUGCUUGCCGGCCGACGUGGUGAGCGACAUUUUAUCACGAUUGUCAUUUAAAGAGCGGCACAGAUGUAUGGCCAUUUGCAAGGCCUGGAGUGCUUAUCUUUCAUCUUGGCAAGGCAUGUGGCGAGAAAUUGACAUUUGCCUUGAGGAGGGCGCGUCGGAUGGUUGGCUACAGUGGAUCCCACAGUUUGAAACAGGUCACAAGAUCAGACAGCUACGUUUCUUUGGCAACUCAGUGCAGAUGAAAAAGGCAUUUGAUGCAUUAGAGCAAAGGGGACACAACCGCAUCCAGUCAUUAGUGAUCGGUUCAUUUUAUGCGUGGGAUACGGUGGAUAUUUCGCCGGCAGAACAACAAAGCUCGUUUUCCGGAUUAAUGGAUCUGACAGGACCGAGUCUUGUCAACCUCGAGUUUCGGAAUGCAUAUUUUCCAGCCGACGUUAUCAUGGACCGACUCUUUCCUGUGUGCAAGCGGCUAAAACGGCUUAUCUGCGAAAUGGAGUAUGAUAGUGGAUCCCCGCCUCCGGAUUGGUCGCCACCAGACAAUGCAACACUUCCUUGUCUGACCGAACUGCUCUGGUCAACGGAAAUGGUUCUGCCCUUGGAUAAGUUCUUGCCUCGCUGUCCAAACUUGCGAUCGUUGACAAUCGAAUCCUCGGAAUUCGGCGACACGCCCAUUCUGCGGCGAUUGGACGAGCUAUGUCCGACGUUGCAACACUUCUCUUGCACUGACACAGAAACCAUUGGCAGCCUCGACCAGAUAAAGCCAUCGUUUGCUGCGUCACUGAGCAGCAACAGCAGUACCAGGAAAUAUGGUAAAGGCAACGAUGGGCUACGCUCUAUAUACAUUGAUCAAGUGGAAGCGUUGAAAGACGACGACAUCAUACCCCUCAUCCAGCGCCAUCAUGACACUCUCGAAUACUUAUCCAUCCAUUCCGACGCACAGUUGAACCGAUAUUGGUCGACCAUUGCAGAACUCGGCACACGACGAUUAACCACACUGGAUCUUAGUCAUCGUGGUCCAGCCGACCAUCUAAGCAACAUGCUUCUUAGUUGUCCGUUGCUCGAAGAUGUGACGUUACACUACCCAGUUACUACCCAGAUCAUGGACGCACUUGGCCAACUCAAGCAACUAAAACGAUUGAAAAUACACGAAGGAUCGUCUGAUGCAAUAGAGGGUGCUCUACAAUUCGCUCAGUCAUGCUCUUCAAAUGGUGCACUAGAAGCUGUCAACUUUGCUCACUCAAGGUUUGUAACGGAUCAUGUUCUCACGCUACUGGGAAGCAUUCGAACACUGCGGACGGUGAUCGUGGGCGACUGUCCGAUGCUGACGACGCUGGGCAUUACACAAUUUAUUGAAAAGGCGGACCACAUUGAAAGAUUGGGACUCUAUGGUUUGCAUGCAGUGACAGACCAAGUGAUGGAAGCAAUAGGUAAUAAUAUGGAACGCAUCCAGCAACUGGACAUAAGCAGGUGCAGUUCUGUAACGGAUCGAGGGGUGGAGCAGCUAAUCUCUACUCGAAAAGCCACCGGUUUGAAAAAAUUAGCUGUACAAGGUUGUACUGGUAUUGGGGAACACACCAUCUAUAUGAUCGAGAAGGAGUUGGGCCUCACCACACCUAUAUUUGGCAUGCUAUAUUAA